AUGCAGCAAGUGUGGCACAGCCCCGGCCCCGCUCGCUCUGGGGAUAAAGGGCCCCAGGACGCCCUCAACUCGGCGAUGUUCGGUACAUGCACCCCAGUAGCUGCCAUGAGUUUAAGUCCAGCGUCCCAAUCUCACGACGGGACGUCCGAAUCAGAAAGAGACCAGGAUUUGUGGAGUGUAGCAGCUCGAGGUGAUAUCGAAAGGCUCGAUGUUCUUCUGGAAGGUGACUACUCGGUUGAAGCCACAUUUGCGGCCCUCCAGGCAGCUUCCGAUGGCGGCUAUUUUGAGGCUGUUGAUCAGCUUCUCUCCACGGACAAAAUCGAUAUCGAUGCCUAUGAUGAGGACGGCCAAACGCUGUUGUCAUACGCCGCUGAAAAUGGUUGCGAGGCACUCGUCAAGCUGCUGCUCAGCACGGGCAAGGCCAAUAUCAACGCAAAGGAUAAAUAUGGCCUGACGCCGUUGUCGUACGCCGUCAAGAACGACAACCAGGCGGUCGUCAAGCUGUUACUCGGUACGGACAAGGCCGAUGUCAACGCGGAGGAUAACGGCGGCCGAACGCCGUUGUUUUGGGCUGCUAAGAAUGGACUUGAGGCUAUUGCUAGGCUGCUGCUUGGCACAGGCAAGGUCACUAAUGUCAACGCGGAGAGCGGCCGUGGCCAGACGCCCUUGUGGUGGGCUGCCAGAAACGGCGACGAGGCCAUAGUCAAGCUGCUGCUCGGUACGGGCAAGGUCGAUAUCCACGUGAAGGAUGAGGACGGCCGAACACCGCUGUUUUGGGCCUAUAGGAACGGCGACGAGGCUAUCACUAGGCUACUGCUCGGUGUGGGCAAGGUUGAUGUUGACACGAAGCCUCAAAGAAGCUCAGAUAUUCUCGUCUUCGGUCUUAUCAAAUUCUUCCUCUCUUACGGUCCCCUUCCCAGCACCUCAAAAAAUUACGAGUCGUGUACAGCCCGCGGGCGCGCCAAGACGUCAAGGCGCUUGCACGACACACCGUGA